ACAGACUCCCCGUGUCAAAUUUCUCUCAAAGUGAACAGAGCCAGCUCUAGCCAGAGUGAUGCCUCAAAGGUCUUGCUCAAACCAGAUCAUCAAUCAAAGACACAGAGAAGAAAUCGCAACAAGAGACAAUUACGUAAAAAGGGAGAGCACUAUGAAGAUAGACAAGAUACUUUGAGACAUCAGUAUAACACAGUGUACCCCAGAGAGAACGAAAGAGUUAAUAUGCGCGAUGAUCUACCAAAGCAUGAGUCCAGAUACAGCAAAGAGUUUAGCAGAGAUAAUAUGUCUGACCAUCCAAUCAAACAUGAAUUUAGAAGCAGCAGAGAGUUUAGCAGAGAUUUUCCUCAUCAUCUACCCUAUCUACUUAAGAAUGAUUCUAAAUACAGUAGAGAGUAUGGCAGAGGCAACACGACUGGUCAUCUGCCCAGGAAUGAGUCUAGUUUUAGCAGACAGAAUAGCAGAAACUUGUCUGAUAGUAUUCCUAAACAUGAGUCUAGCUACGGCAGAGAGUAUAGCAGAGAUCAGUAUGAUUAUCUACCCAAGCAUAAGUCUGGUUACAACCAAGAGAAAACUAAAGGUAAAAAUUCUGAAUGUAAAAAAUCUGAAGAUAAAAAAUCUGGCAACAGCCGAGAGAAGAAAAGAGACACUAUGUAUGAAGAAGACAUGUAUCCCAGGUAUGACUUCAGUCGAGAGAACAAUAGAAUAAAUGUCACUGCCUUUAGAUCUAGUUCAGAAAGUGACCAAUCAGAAAGUGGCAAAUGUUAUAGCCGAAAAGACUACAAGUAGUUAGUAUUUUUUAUUUCUGUCUUGAAUCUGUAUUGUGAUAGUAACAAUAAUACGAA